AUGUAUUCCGUGGUUGAAUUUUUCAACGACAAAUCUGUGGCGGAAGUGGCUGAAGCCUGGUUCUACAACGCGGGCAGCGUACUAUGGCCUAAAAAGCACAGGCAGCGCCGCAUUUUGCUGGAGAACAACCAGCGGCCACCGGAUGGUACUAAGGCGUACGCCGUCAAGGUACUAAAAAGUGGCCUAACGCUGGAAAAAGCUCGACAGGCGGCGCGGAGAGCACAGAAUACUGACAAUCUCUCCAGUUCCGAGCCGCGCCAGUUGAGUAGGGGCAAGAGGAUCAGGUGUGCUACCAUGUUAUAUACAACUAAUUUUCCUUUGCAGAUAUAAUCGCAAACUAACCUCAGACUCCGACGACGAGGACUCGCCAAACCAACCGAAAGAGCCAACUGGUUGGCCAGCUCCACCGCCAAUACUACAGUAA